AUGUUCAAUAUUAAACUGCAAUCAUAUUCAUCAAUAAUGUAAACAAUGUUGUUAUCGUUGCAAUAAAUGCAAAUAAUGAUAUUAUUCCUAAAUCAAUAAUUAGAUGUUAAUUUUAAAUAUUAUCAGUAAAUAUAGUUAAUCAAAAAAUAAUACUUUCUUAUUAAUACAACAAUCAAACUUCCUAUUGUUUUUAGGUUUGGAAUUUCAAUAACAUUCUUAGUCCUUAUUUUGAAAAUAGAAUUAUUAAGCAUUGAAUUCAAAUAUCAAUUCAAUUUUUUGUCUGAUAAUUUAUUUUUUUAUGUCGCUCUAGAAAACAAGACUAUUUUUAUUUAUAAUCCUUAUUCAUCAAGGCACAUGUCUUUAUUUAAAAAAUUAGAGUUGGAUUCUAUUAUAUUGAGCACAACAACUAAUUAGUAAAGUUCUAUAUUAUUUUAUAAUAAUACUAUGUUAUUGUUAUCAUCAAUGGAGUAAGAGUUGUUUAAAGUAAAUGAAUCACUUAUUUAUCAAAAUUACUACUCUUUGAUGAUUUAUAGACUUUAAGUAACUUCCUUAUUACAUCCUUCUUCUAUAUAUUGUUUGAUUAUAUAGAAGAUCUUUUUUGUUACUAUAAUAUACACAUUUAUAAAGUCUUACUUACUUAUCAAAAUUUUACAAUACUAUAAAAUGUUACUUAAUAAGAUGUAAGUUUAGAUGCUGAAGAUAUCAAUUAUUAACAGCAUUCAUUUACAAAAAAGUUAUUGUAGAUAAAAUAAAUAAUAGGAAUUAGAAUUUAUUUACCUCAAAUAUCUAAAGGUAAAUAAUAGGAUGUUAUAUGUUUGA